AUGUCCCAAAAGCAGUGCAGCAGCACACACGCGUCGAUAGACAAGUCGGACAAGGAAGAUAUGCAGAAGCGGGAUGGUCUGCGCCCCGAGGCGAAGGAGUUCCGGCCAGAUUCCACUCAUAUCGACAAUAUGGGGCCAGCAACAGAAAGCCUGUUGUCCAGUAAGAACGACGCCGGCAGAGAAGAAGCAGGUGGUCCUCAACAGAACAACACACAUGAUGUGCGUCAGGUUUCGUCCUUCACACUCGAAGCCUCGCAUUACGACAACGGGUUGACUCGGCCAACAGAGCAGCGCUGGAAAGGAUUCCAGACUGCCGAGAGAGCCAGACAAGCCAUCACAAACUUGAUCACCUGGCCGCCGUAUUGCUUCCGCAGAAUCAUCCUACAGGACUUGUCCAACCCCGAAGAGCCGCAGUAUUCCCUGUUCCGCGAUGGACCCGUGAAAGGUGGGAGAAAGGACGCAGUAUUCACGCUGCAGAAGAUCGUGGUCGAUGAGCUGGACUCUUAG